AUGGCCACUAGCAAAGAGAAAAUACGCCGUAUUUUACAGUUUUCAGCAUUAAAGUCGGAAAUCGCCAAGUCCGAUCGAUCUGUGAAGCGGAUGGUUACUGGUGAUGAAAGCAAUAAAAAUACCAACAGCUGUACUGAUGCCAAUACCAAUAGCAAUACCAAUACCAGUACCAACAUCAGUACAAAUAUCAAUACUAAUAUCAAUACAAACACCACUACUUAUACAAAUAUCAAUACCAAUACCAAUAUCAAUACUAAUACCAUAAGCAAUACCAGUACCAAUAGCAAUACAAAUACAAAUAAACCUACCAAUACGCAUAUCAAUAGCGAUACCAUUACCCAAUAUUAA